AGCAGCAGACCAUCGGGAUUGCGUACGGGGGCUUCACGCUGGCGCAAGCGAUUGUCGAGCUGCGGCGGCUGGACGCGGCUUUGGCACAGCAACUCGACGAGGAGUUUGUUGCACAGCCAGAUGUUGAACGACAACCAGGUCGUCUCCCUGGUGCAGCAGCUGCCCAGCGUGAGACACCUCCUACGGGUGUAGUUCUGAAGACGUCCACCAGCGGCCAUACUAGUGCAGCACCAGCAAGCCACCUCGCGGAGGCACCGCCGUCCCUCGUCCCUGCUUCCCAGCACGACUUGUGGCCGAAACCGUUCGCUGGGACGACGAGGGAAGAAGACUCCUUGGCCGGAGAAGUUGGAGCUACAACCGGGCCGCUGGCUGAAGCUGAUAGUCGACGCACGGGGAAUACGAGAGACUACAAGACCAGUCGGAAAGAAGACGAAAACAUUUUCGUCCAGAAUGCGACGAGUGGGCCGGGUGCAAGAAAUAUGAUGAACUUUGAGCCAUCGACUUCUUCGAGCAGCAAAGCGCAAGAGGUGGAGUCCGGACGGAAGAACUCCGAGAACGAGAUGAGACCACAACUACAAGAGCCCAAGCAUCAGCGCGCGGAGAUGCAGAAAGCGCUGGAGCUUGAGGUGCAGAAAGUGACGAACGACGUCUCGCGGAAGCUUACCGAGAUCCACGCAAUUCAAAUCACCACGCCGAACUCGACGCUGCAGAGUGCCAGCAAGCACCCGGAUAUCCUGCGUCUCUUCGAGCAGAUCAACCUUUCUCUCAUGGACACAUAUCAGACGCAAAUACAAUAUAUCGAUGUGGUACGUUCUGCCAGAAAAUGUCACUGGAAGUGUUUCUGGGGCUGAACCGAGACUGGCCAGACGAGAGAGCACACAUAUCAAGCGAUUUCUGGUGCCAUGAAAUAACUCAAUAGUGCGCAUGUUGAGAGAAGCCUGAUAGAUUUUUUAAAGCUUUCGUGUAAAGGGUUUUUGUUUUUCGGAGACCUCGCUCCUGCGUGGCAUGCGUUGCAUAGAUGCUUACGGGCGUCGGGGUCUUCGGGCUUUUGCCAGCGAUACGUGGUAGAUGUGGCAAGAAAUGUGUAGACCCAGAUCCAUAUCGGUAUUAAUUGGCCUUGUUGCAUAGCACGCUGCGCACCGCGGAGGACGAGCAGCAACAGCAGCAGAAGAAAAACGAUCAGGAAGCGAUGCUGGCAAACCGGAAGCAGCAGGGGCGGCUCCACCGGUGGGUUUGCUUGACCAGGCUGCUCCAGAAGGACUCCAAACGCGCGGAGCGGCACCUUAAGAAGGCCCUGGAGCUGGACUCGUUCACGAAGAGGCUUUUGAAAGACAAGGAAGCUUUGCGGCAGUUUGUCGAGGAGGACAGUGACCUGCUGCCGAUCCCGCAGUGGCGUAAGGAUUUCGCACUGUAUCUGACGAUGAAUGGGAGAGAAGUGGUGUCUGGUGGAGGAUCAUCGGGGUCAGCUACUUAUGGCGCCGGGGCAAAAAGCCGCCACCUCAACACUAGCUUCUCUGCUGACGACCCCGAGGGGGACGGUGGUGGUCACUUGCUGCCUGUCGUUACCAUCGAUACGCACGCCAACCGGCGCGGUCGCAGUCGCACCGGGAUGUUGAAUAAUGGUACUUCUAGCGGAGUUGAUGUUGAUGUUGUUCUCGCCAACGAAGGAGCUCCGGAAGUAGACACGGAAAAUGCUGGAACAGAGAGGGACAAUAUAACUGGUCCAGGCCUCGUGGAUUCCCGAGAAGAUGAUCCAGGAGCUGCUGGUCAUGUAUCCAGCGCAACGAGCUCUCUCGAAUCGCUGGACAAGAUCAAAACUACCACCUUGGUGCACCAGAGAGACCCGGAAAUAAAUCGCUUUCAAGCUGCGACGUCGUCGAGAGCACCUACGUCGACGAGCGCUGCAUCGGGAGGGCUUGUGGGUACCAGCAGCGCUGGUGCCGCCUCCGGGUCUUUCUACCAGGAAACGAAGUUUACGACGAUUCUGCUGGCGCCGGCGCAGUUGUCGUCUGUCGAUAGGUCGGUUUCGGUGUACAGCAGCAACAAGCUUGGCGUUCCUGCUUCGGAUGGUGCAAUGGAAACGCUGGAAACGAAACUGCAGCAAGUGCGUUCCAAAACUACGGCAGGAGCGAGUGCAGGCGUCCAUUCCGCGGCGAGAACAGAAAGGCAGAAGGAGGUCGCGACCAGUGAAGUAGACUCAACGCUUUAUGAUGCAACCUCAUUGACGCCCACCGCCGCCCAGACAAGCGUGCAGCGAACUCGGCUUGUGAGUUUGGCAGCGGGGGAAGCGCAGUCGGAACCGCUACCUGCGGGGAAAAUUGCCAGUCUCGGUCUGCAAGGGAACAAGAGUGCAGCUGCGGACAAGGAGCGAACGAGGUUCGACACGGGCGCGUAUCUGAGACAGCAGAGGGAGAGCGCUAGUACUAUCCGUAACACGACACCGGAGCAGGUGGAGCAGCUUUCCCCCACGAAACUACCAGCUGGCUUUGCUGCCGCAGGAGCUUCUGCCCGUGCUGGUUCGAGCGCUGAGAGUGCCGCUGACCUUGUCACUGCGACGACAAAGACCACGGAGAGAACCGUUUACCCCGACCGAUACCUAGCCGGCUCGUUUGCCGGCGCACCGAUCAUGGGCCCUGCUUCGGAGGGGGCAGCAGCUCCGAUGGUCGUUGUUCCAGAAGUCGCCGCGGAAACAGCGUCGCGCCCGCCGGACGAGCCCGCGCAGGACUCGGACCGACCGGGCGUGCGGACGACAAGCGUCUUGAGCACAGCUGCAGCGCCCGCAAGUGGAGCACGUGAAGGGAGGGGGUCUGCAGAGGACCACGGAAAAAGCUGGCGACAACUGCUACAGCCAGGCGACAUCGUGGAGUGCUAUUCGGUAUGGAGUGUAAAGAAAAUCGCGUCCUCUGGGCCACCAGGGAAAGUGCGAACCUCAUUACAUUGUCUUGGUCGGGCAAUAAAUACGGCCGGGCUUUUGAGGCCUUUGUUUAGUGUGUGGUCGUAGAGAAGCAUAGAGACACCGCGGCUAUUCUGGCCUGCCCUUGCGCACACGUUUUUAUAAAAAUUUUUGUAUUUAUUAAUUUUCUACUUUGUCACCUUGGGCCGCUGCGUAGACCUUUUUAUUUUCUUGGCUGCGUUUUCGUUUCGUAAGUAAAAAUUCGUAUCUUUGCAGUCCCUCUGUUUGUCUGUCGGUCGUGUUCCCUGCGCAUGUAGCAUGAGAAGCACACGACCUUUCCGGAUGCAGAUCGAUGCGUUUCCGCUGCAUACCCACGGAAAAAUAACGAGUGGGUGCAGAGCGAGGUGGUGGAGCCGACGAACGGCAUGCCCUUCGGCGAGGUGAUCGGUGUGCGCUACUGCGACGGAACCGGUGAUGGAAAGAACAUUGCGCGCGGAAGCGAGGUGAUACGGCAGUGUCAUGUCGUGUCACAUCCUCGCGGUUCGUCUAGUGUGGACGUCGAUGGAGCACCUCCUCCUGCGCAAGUUGUUCCACAACAUUUUGCGGAGAGGAUCGAGGGAAUGAACUCGUUCCCAAAAGUGGGACAAGCUGUGGCUUCGUCUUCGUCGUCUGCGCCGUCUGCUGUGCAGAACGACGACAUGAACCAGGAAAAAAACAAAAACUCGGCAUCGGGCCAGGCUGUUGAUGGAGCUGCUACGAAUCACGCUCCCACUAGCCAGCACAGCAGUGCUCAGCCGAAGCAAGGCGUGUACCGGCCGACGAUUUCCCCGUCUAAUGGGACCACGCCCGCGCCCUCGCUCCUAGGAUUUCACGCGCCAUUGAGUGGGCAAAAUUUAUUACCUCCGCAGCACCAGCUGCAAAGGCCGCCGGGUCUGGUUAUGCCCAAGAUGCUGAACGCGCCGAACAAUUUUCUACCGCCCGAGCGCGUCGCUCCAUCGGGUGGAGGUUCUGUCGUGGGGGGCGUUCUUCAUCAAGUAGGGGGAGCAGUCGCUAGUAAUUUUGCGCCACCACAACUUCCCGGAAGUUCGACCUCCACCGCUAUGCAGAAGCCGAAACCGUCGCGCCGCGUCUGGACGGCCAACGCAGCGGUGGGUGCGCCUCCAGCGCCAAAACUUCCCGCGGUGAAUGCGCAAGAACAUCAGCGGCCGAAAAUGCCGGCAGGUGAGAGUGGCCGAAUGCAGUCCGACGAGAGGAGAAAGAACCUUCCGAACAAGUCCUCCUCUCCGACCACCACGCUGGCGACAGAGUACAAUAUCAACCAAGACAUCAUGAUUGACGCGAAAGAACUGGAGUUUCGGGAGCUCCUCGGCUCCGGGGGCUUCGGUUCCGUGCACCGCGGGUACUAUCGGUCGAAGCUGGUCGCGAUCAAGAAAUUGUACGUGGUGACGUCGUAUGUUGGUUGUAAAUAAUUUGUUGCGGGUCUGGAUCUGGAAAUGGAAAAGUCCAAGAACUCGGCGUACUAUAGCUAUGUAACUGCUUGUCUUGCAUGAUCCAUUUCAUAUGCAAAUGAGUCUGUGUUCCAUAGCCGACGAAAGCGCCACCCCUUUGUAUUGUAAACGCGCAGCUCUUUCUCGUGAAUACGCGUGCACGCCAUGACUCAGCACCGUCAGUAUUUCCAGACCCAGAUCGCACGCUUACUUCCAGCUGCAUACUUUGGACCAACAAGUAAAUCGGGAGCUGAUUGAGGAGUUUGCGAAGGAGGUGAAGAUGUUGGCGAAGUUGCAGCACGAGCGGCUGGUCGGCAUUCUGGGCGCCUGCGCGACGAAGCAGGAGCUGUGCAUGGUACUGGAGUAUAUGCCCCGGGGCAACCUGCACAACCUGCUGCACGUGGAGAAGUUCACGCUAGCGAAAAAGACGAAAAGAAAGAUUGUGCUGCACAUUAUCCAAGGCAUCGCGUUUCUGCACGCGGGAGCCGGGGGCGUGGGCACGGAAGUUGGAGAUGAUCAACAUCCUGCAAGCACAGCCACAACUUCUGGCGCAGGAACGUCUCCUCUGUCUCCGAAGCCGAUCGUGCACCGUGAUUUGAAGUCGAUGAAUGUCGUGCUCGAUCAUGAUUUCAAUGCGAAGCUGUGCGACUUCGGAUUGACCCAGUCCAUGGAGAAAACACAUAUCACGCGCAAGGAGCAGGAGGGCGGCUCACCGCGCUACAUGGCACCGGAGCUGUUUGACGCAGCCAUCAAGCUGACGGAAAAGGUGGAUAUCUGGGCGGUGGGCUGUCUCAUCGCCGAGAUUUUUCUGCAGCGCUCGCCGCAUGAGGAGUGCACGAAUUUGCAGCAGGUGAUGGGGAAGUUGCUGGUGCAGAAGAAGAGCCCGUUCGCGACCCGGAGCGGGCUGAAGGAGCUCGGGAAUCCCUUGCUCGAGGAGCUGGUAACUUCGUGCUUGCAAUACGCAAUACAAAUUUCCCGUACAUGUACAAGGUGCAUCACAAAUUUCACCAAUUUGAAGCGUAAAGCUUGUCAUGCUAGACAAGGAUCGAAUCCAAUUUUUGUCAUGCAGAGACCGCAUGUGUACGUGUACGGAAAAUUUACUGUGGAUAUGCAAUUCGAGCCGCGGCUGCGCACCUCGGCGCAGGACCUGCUGGCGAAAUUCGAAGAUUUGGAGGUGACGUAUUGAGCCUUACCUUACAAAUUCGGGAAAAGCAGUUGCACGACUUGUACGUGUUGAUGAUUGAUGUAGUUGCUCGCGAGAGCCCGGGACUGCCUCUACUUCCGCAGAUGAUUUUUUCCAAACGCACAUGUAGACGAAGACGAAGUUAAGAGUUGUCUUUUGCUUGGAAUCAAUAGAACGAGAGAGAAAUAAAUAGUGGGGAUACGACGACGUUAGGGUCUUUCGUGACACCGCGCAGGUGAACGAACAGGGCCGACAUUGUACGUGUGGACAGUUCUUGCUAAAUUAAAAUCUGGCAGUUCACCAUGAUCGUUCAUCGUUGCCUGACACUGACUUCAAGCACGUUGCCUUCCGAGCACAGUCCUUCGCACAGCACCUUUUCGCUCAAAGAAGGUCGUACUGUGCUAGAAGUUCAUCUAAUUGUGGAUUUUCUGAUCCUGAAGUGCGCAUAUAGUGCAAUCCUUUAACCUUCUAGCUCUUUGUCACAAGAAAAUAUAUUUGUAUUAAGGUUGUGAUCCCAAAAAGCAAUACUGCUACGAUUGUCGAAACGAUCUCAGUCGCAGAAGAGAUAUGGGCAAGGUCCGGGGAGAUCUUCGCGGUUGUUCUCCCCGGUUGCAGGACUUGGGCUAUGGUGCGCCAUGUCAUGUGUUUCAACAGUUCAACUUGAAACGAUUCAGCUGAUAAAGUAAAUCUUCUUGAUGUUCAGCUAGGCUUUCUCUGACGUUUAAAAACUCUCCAUCACGGUCGCAAUCUGGGCGAUGCGACCGGACUUGGAGAACUGCAACCGGGGAGAUCUCCCCGGCUGCAGUUUGCGGGCUUUGGGAAAAUGGUUGGCCGUGCCGGACGUUUUCGCUAGUAGAAGCGCAGCUUUUAGAUUUUAAUCUAGACAUGCUGCGACUUGCAAAAAACUCUCUAUCAUGGGCGGACUCUCAACCAUGCGACCGGACUUGGAGAACUGCAACCGGGGAGAUCUCCCCGGUUGCAGUUUGCGGGCUUUGGGAAAAUGGUUGGCCGUGCCGUGCGUUUUCGCUAGUAGAAGCGCAGCUUUUAGAUUUUAAUCUAAACUUGCUGCGACUUGCAAAAAACUCUCUAUCACGGGCGGACUCUGAACCAUGCGACCGGACUUGGAGAACUGCAACCGGGGAGAUCUCCCCGGUUGCAGUUUGCGGGCUUUGGGAAAAUGGUUGGCCGUGCCGUGCGUUUUCGCUAGUAGAAGCGCAGCUUUUAGAUUUUAAUCUAAACUUGCUGCGACUUGCAAAAAACUCUCUAUCACGGGCGGACUCUGAACCAUGCGACCGGACUUGGAGAACUGCAACCGGGGAGAUCUCCCCGGUUGCAGUUUGCGGGCUUUGGGAAAAUGGUUGGCCGUGCCGUGCGUUUUCGCUAGUAGAAGCGCAGCUUUUAGAUUUUAAUCUAAACUUGCUGCGACUUGCAAAAAACUCUCUAUCACGGGCGGACUCUGAACCAUGCGACCGGACUUGGAGAACUGCAACCGGGGAGAUCUCCCCGGUUGCAGUUUGCGGGCUUUGGGAAAAUGGUUGGCCGUGCCGUGCGUUUUCGCUAGUAGAAGCGCAGCUUUUAGAUUUUAAUCUAAACUUGCUGCGACUUGCAAAAAACUCUCUAUCACGGGCGGACUCUGAACCAUGCGACCGGACUUGGAGAACUGCAACCGGGGAGAUCUCCCCGGUUGCAGUUUGCGGGCUUUGGGAAAAUGGUUGGCCGUGCCGUGCGUUUUCGCUAGUAGAAGCGCAGCUUUUAGAUUUUAAUCUAAACUUGCUGCGACUUGCAAAAAACUCUCUAUCACGGGCGGACUCUGAACCAUGCGACCGGACUUGGAGAACUGCAACCGGGGAGAUCUCCCCGGUUGCAGUUUGCGGGCUUUGGGAAAAUGGUUGGCCGUGCCGUGCGUUUUCGCUAGUAGAAGCGCAGCUUUUAGAUUUUAAUCUAAACUUGCUGCGACUUGCAAAAAACUCUCUAUCACGGGCGGACUCUGAACCAUGCGACCGGACUUGGAGAACUGCAACCGGGGAGAUCUCCCCGGUUGCAGUUUGCGGGCUUUGGGAAAAUGGUUGGCCGUGCCGUGCGUUUUCGCUAGUAGAAGCGCAGCUUUUAGAUUUUAAUCUAAACUUGCUGCGACUUGCAAAAAACUCUCUAUCACGGGCGGACUCUGAACCAUGCGACCGGACUUGGAGAACUGCAACCGGGGAGAUCUCCCCGGUUGCAGUUUGCGGGCUUUGGGAAAAUGGUUGGCCGUGCCGUGCGUUUUCGCUUGUAGAAGCGCAGCUUUUAGAUUUCCAUCUAAACUUGCUGCGACUUGCAAAAAACCCUCUAUCACGGGCGGACUCUGAACCAUGCGACCGGACUUGGAGAACUGCAACCGGGGAGAUCUCCCCGGUUGCAGUUUGCGGGCUUGGGAAAAUGGUUGGCCGUGCCGUGCGUUUUCGCUUGUAGAAGCGCAGCUUUUAGAUUUCCAUCUAAACUUGCUGCGACUUGCAAAAAACCCUCUAUCACGGGCGGACUCUGAACCAUGCGACCGGACUUGGAGAACUGCAACCGGGGAGAUCUCCCCGGUUGCAGUUUGCGGGCUUUGGGCAAAUGGUUCGCCGUGCCGUGCGUUUUCGCUUGUAGAAGCGCAGCUUUUCGAUUUCCAUCUAAACUUGCUGCGACUUGCAAAAAACUAUCUAUCACGGGCGGACUCUGGGCCAUGCGACCAGAUUUGGAGAACCGCAACCGGGGAGAUCUCCCCGGUUGCAGUUUGCGGGCUUUGGGAAAGUGGUGCUCUAUGCUACUUCUAACAGGGGCGGGCCCUCUAGAUUCCCAGAUAAAUUUUCUUCGACUUUCAAAAAGGUCUCUAUCACGAGAAAAAUCUGUGGUGCUGUGCGUCCGGAUUGGGAGAACUGGAACCAAGCCCAAGGAGAUCUUCCAAGCUACAGUCGCUUGCCUGCGGGGAAAUCAAUGCAGCUGCGAGACAGGCGAUUCCUCUGCUCUGUCCGUGUUUUGUGCAUCCAGGCACUGUUGCUCGCUGAUUGUUUUUACGUAGAAAAAGAAGUUUUCUCCGCCUCUGCCUGUGGGUCGUGCCGGUUGAAAAAUUUGAAUUCUUCCUGAUGUGUCUGAGGUCUUCGAGAUCGUUUCGGGAUCCGCGCCUUCGUUUUCUACUUGUGUCUCUUUCUUGAUAUGGGCUCGUCGGCUUUGGCACUUGACUUGGCA